AUGGCGGCACCAUUCACGUUGAGGAAAGUCGGUGUUCCUCCGAACUCGGCGAAUCUGACGGAAGCUCGUCGCCGUGUUUUCGAUUUCUUUAGAGCUGCUUGUAGAUCUAUCCCUACCAUCAUGGAUAUCUACAAUCUUCAAGAUGUAGUCGCACCUUCUCAGCUCCGGUUUGCAAUCUCUGCUCAGAUUCGGAAUAACGCUCACAUCACCGACCCUAAGGUAAUUGAUCUUCUGCUAUUCAAGGGAAUGGAAGAGCUGAGUGACAUAGUGGAUCAUGCAAAGCAGCGUCAUCACAUUAUUGGUCAAUAUGUGACGGGUGAAGGGCUCGUGCAGAAUACCGGAAGCAAGGAUCAAGGGAAGUCUGAUUUCCUCAAGAAUUUCUACACCAGCAACUACUUUUGA